AUGUCUACCGAUAAGAUUUCUAUUCACAUCAAGGGUUCUGGGUCUGCCAAGUACGAUUUUGAAAUCGAUCCCACCAUCACGGUGUUGGAGUUAAAGGAACUUAUUUCCGAACCAGCUUCAGUUACGUCCGAUUGUCAAAGGCUAAUCUACUCGGGGAAAGUAUUAAAGGAUACCGAGACUAUUGCUUCUUAUAAGGUUCAAUCAGGUCACACGAUUCAUUUGGUUAAGAGAAAUGCAAGUGCUGCUAGUGCUAGUGCUCCAGGUACUGCAACUGCAAGCAACACAACAGGGGCUGCUACCACCAAUACAUCAGAAACCAACAAUAAUGUACCUUCAAAUAUUGCUGCUGGUGUUGGUGCCUUCAAUCCUAUGGCCGAUUUAACUGGUGCCCGUUAUGCUGGAUUCGGAGCCCAUUUGCCCCAAUUUGAUGCUUCUAUGUUUAACGAUGCUGAUCCUGAUCAAAUAACAAACAUGAUGUCUAAUCCUCAAUUCCAACAAUCUUUGAAUGCCAUGUUGGAUAACCCACAGAUGUUAGAUUAUAUGAUAAACCUGAACCCUCAGCUAAGAGCCAUGGGUCCUCAAGUAAGAGAAUACUUCCAGAGUCCUAUGGCAAGACAAUUAUUGACUAACCCUGAAGCUAUGAGAUCCAUGAUGUCUUUGCAAAGAGCUUUGGGUGGUGGUGCAGGUGGUGCAGGUGGUGCCUCUGCGUUUCCUGCCCCUGGUAAUACUACUGCUAGUGAAGAUACUACUAGUUCUGGUGCUCAAGCUAAUGCGGGUUCUGCUCAAGCUAAUCCUUUUGCUAGUCUUGGAUCACUAUUCCCGCCAGCUGGUGGCUUCGAUUUCCCAUCAGCUUCCCCAGCAGCUCCUGCGGAUACCAGACCUCCAGAAGAAAGAUUCGAGACCCAAUUAGGUCAAUUGAACGACAUGGGAUUCUACGAUUUCGACCAGAAUGUCGCAGCCUUAAGAAGAACCGGUGGUAGUGUCCAAGGUGCCAUUGAAUAUUUGUUGAAUAACCCGUAA